GGUGGGGAAAGCUGAGGGGUUAUUCAGUUAAGCUUCUCGUGUUCAGGUUUUCGGGACGUUUUUGAAAGUUUACGGACUUCACUGCUCCCUCGCGACCCGGUUUCCUUCGUCGCUUGUUCUCUUGUAUGACUCUUCUCUUAGUCCUGCCGUAGACGGGCUUCAAUAUUAUACACAUAUAUUAUUAAAAACAUAGUAUAAUAUAUCUACUACAGCAUAAUGGCCUCGAAAGCUGUCCUGCUGUCGUUGGCAGCCUUGCCGCUUGCCCAGGCCGAGACCGUCCUCGGCCUCUACAUCUUCUCUCGGCAUGGCGACCGUACACCCAAGGCCCUUAAGCCUACAAACCUGACUUCGCUGGGCGCCGAGCAGGUCUACGCCUCGGGCAGCUGGUACCGCAGCCAAUAUGUCGCUUCUGACGCCGAGACUCCGCUUCUCAGCUUGAGCUCCAAUAUCGUGAACCUGGAGCAAAUGGCCGUCACGGCGCCCCCCAUGGACAAUGUCCUCCAGAACUCGGCUAUGGCUUUCCUCCAGGGUCUCUACCCUCCCGCGGGCGACUUCUCAACACAGGAACUCCGCAACGACACCGAGGUGACCGCUCCGCUCGGCGGCUACCAGUAUAUCCCCGUCAACGUGGUUUCCACCGCCGCCUCGGGCGCCAACUCGGAGAACAGCGCCUGGCUUCAGGGCGCCAGCGGCUGCGACAAUGCCGUGGUGUCGUCGAACAACUACCUCGCGUCGACCGAGUAUAAGACGGCCUACGACAACAGCGAGGCCUUCUUCCAGGACCUCCUGCCGGUCAUCAACGGCACCUUCGAGGCCAGCGCCGCCAACUUCAAGAACGCCUACUCCAUCUACGACUACGUUGACGGCGCCGUUGUCCACAACCAGACAAUCCCGUCCUCGGAUCUACUCACUAACGAGACUCUGCAUGAACUCAAGGUUCUCGCCAACGAGCACGAGUGGGGCCUCGCCUACAACAGCACCGACGAGAUCCGUGCCAUCGCUGGCUCCACGCUGGCUGGCCAGAUCCUCGACGCCCUGAACGGUACUGUCGCCGGUCGCGGUGCUAAGCCCCUGAACAUCCAGUUCGGCGCGUACGCCGUGUUCCUGUCCUUCUUCGGUCUCGCCAAGCUGCCCGCCCUGUCCGACGACUUCACUGGCGUCGUCAACUAUGCCUCGUCAAUGGCCUUUGAGCUCGUUACCAAUGCGAGCGUAAGCGAUGGGUUCCCUGGUGCGGAUGACAUCUCAGUGCGCUUCCGGUUCUCCAAUGGCUCCGCCGCCUCGAUAACCCCCUCUGUCUUCCCACUCUUCGGUCAGGACGAGACCCUGCUUCCCUACAACACCUUCGUCUCGGAGAUGAGCAAGUUCGCCAUCAAGGAUACACCCCACUGGUGCAAGGUCUGCGGUGUCACAACCGGUGAUUGCGCCACCGCUUCGUCUGGCAGUGAUGGCGAGGGUAGCGGCUCCGGAUCGGCCACCGCCUCGAACAACAAGUCCAACAUCUCGCUCCCCGUCGCCGGUGUUAUCGGCGCCCUCGUCACCCUCGCCGUUGUGCUUGGUGCCGAGGCCCUCAUCUACUUCUUCUCCGGCCUCACGCUGGCCAAGAAGUCCACUCUCGCCGCUGCCCAGGCCGCCGCCGCCGGAAACAAGGCUUAAGAGGUCAGAGGAAGAACCCAACGAACAAAAAAUAAAUAAAGUAAAAUCAAAAAUAAAAAAGACAUUCAUUACGUCUGGAACUUAUUACCGAGAUUGAGCGAUUGAUUGAUAGACUGAUUGGUGUUUUUCGAUAGCUAUCUUUCCCAAUCGGCAAUAGUCACGAGUCACGAAAGGAUUGAUGUAUGUAAUUUGUAGCAUUUGUUAAGUAUAUAUGUACCUAUCUAAGCAAUACCCUAUGAAGCAGAGAACAAGCAAGUAUUACAUACAUAAAUAUCGUCGAUCGUGCUAAUGAGAAUCACCACACGUCUUGAAUGAACUACUAUCAGUUUCAUGAUGGUCAUAUUGAUAAGUUAGUAUUAGUAAUUAUUCAAACUGAAAUAGCUGAGGACUUGGCGAUGUGCGAUACAAACCUCAAGGCAAAGCCUAGUAUCCAUUUCAUC